AACCGCAAACGGCUUCCUGGUGUCUCUGCUCUGGCGCACACUCGGAUAAAAAACCAACAAAACGCUCAGAUUCUUCUGUUCAUCUGCUCUCAGUGACUCUGAGAAUCGCUCUCGAGCUCUACUGCAAUGGACCUUCGCCUAGGGCUCCUUACCUCCAUUUUUCUCUUCCAGGGUUUUUUAAUUUCCGCUUUUGCCGAAACUGAGAAUUUGGCUGCUAGGCUUCUUUUGACUUCCAAUGCAACAAGACUCAGGGAAAGGCAUUCAAAUGCAUAUUGUGCUAUGUAUGACAUAUGUGGACAACGUAGUGAUCGGAAAGUAUUGAACUGUCCAUUUGGUUCCCCAGCCGUGAAGCCUGGUGAUUUGCUUUCCUCCAAGAUUCAAAGUUUGUGUCCAACAAUUACUGGGAAUGUUUGUUGUACAGAAUAUCAAUUUGACACUUUACGGACUCAAGUCCAGCAGGCAAUUCCUUUUCUUGUAGGUUGUCCAGCGUGCUUGAGAAACUUUUUGAAUUUAUUCUGUGAGCUUACUUGUUCCCCAAAUCAGAGUCUAUUUAUCAACGUGACUUCAGUUUCGAAGGUUGGUGAUAAUUUGACUGUGGAUGGGAUUGAUUAUUAUAUAACUGAUGCUUUUGGGGAAGGGUUGUAUGAAUCCUGCAAGGAAGUGAAGUUUGGUACCAUGAAUUCUCGUGCUAUACAAUAUAUUGGUGCUGGUGCUAAAAAUUUUAAAGAGUGGUUUGCAUUUAUUGGUAGAAAGGCACCUCUUGGUGUUCCUGGUUCACCGUAUGCAAUUACAUUCCGCCCAAAUGCUACUGCAUCAUCUGGCAUGAGACUUAUGAAUGUUUCAACCUAUUCAUGUGGUGAUAUUUCUCUUGGGUGUUCUUGUGGUGAUUGUCCCUCAUCUUCAGCAUGCUCCAACAUUGCUCCUCCUACCAUCCAAAAGAUGGAUUCGUGCUCCAUAAGAAUUGGAUCUUUAACAGUGAAGUGUGUUGACUUGAUUUUAGCAAUUUUAUACAUCAUACUGAUUUCUGUGUUCUUGGGUUGGGGAUUAUAUUAUCGGAUAAGAGAAAGGAAGCCAUUGCCUGCUGCAAAAUCUGUUUCUAAUGUUGUUAGUGGUGGUAUGCUGCAUUCUCUUGAUAUGGAGAAGGAGGAAAAUCUUCCAAUGCAGGUAAUGCUUGAAAAUGCUCAACAAAUCAGACAGAGUGUCCAACUCUCAGCUGUGCAAGGUUACAUGUCAAUUUUUUUCAGGAAAUAUGGAUCAUACGUUGCUAGAAAUCCAAUUAUGGUUUUGUGUUCAUCACUGGCUAUGGUUCUUCUACUUUGUCUAGGUCUAAUUCGGUUUAAGGUUGAGACACGGCCUGAAAAACUGUGGGUAGGACCUGGGAGUAAAGCUGCACAAGAGAAACAGUUUUUUGACAGCCAUCUUGCUCCAUUUUACAGAAUUGAACAGCUCAUUCUGGCAACGAUUCCUGAUCAAGAGAAUGGUACAUCAUCAAGCAUUGUCUCAGAGGACAACAUUAAGUUCCUUUUUGAAAUACAAAAAAGGGUUGAUGCUGUCCGUGCCAAUUAUUCUGGCAUGACAGUGUCCCUGCAAGACAUCUGCAUGAAGCCACUGGACCAGAAUUGUGCCACUCAAAGUGUCCUGCAGUACUUCAAAAUGGACCCUGGAAAUUUUGAGAAGUAUGGGGGAGUUGAACAUCUGUAUUACUGUUUUGAGCAUUAUUCCUCAGCAGACCAAUGUAUGAGUGCAUUUAAAGGUCCUCUUGAUCCAAGCACUGUUCUAGGAGGCUUCUCUGGGAACAAUUAUUCUGAGGCAUCUGCUUUUGUUAUAACUUAUCCGGUGAAUAAUGCUAUGAAUGAAGAGGGGAAUGAAACUACAAAGUCAGUGGCUUGGGAGAAGGCCUUUAUACAGUUGGUGAAGGAUGAGUUGCUGCCAAUGGUUCAAUCUAAAAAUCUGACACUUGCUUUUUCAUCUGAAAGCUCCAUUGAGGCAGAAUUAAAAAGAGAAAGCACUGCUGAUGCCAUAACCAUACUGAUAAGCUAUAUUGUGAUGUUUGCAUAUAUAUCUCUUACUUUGGGGGAUACACCACGUUCUUCUUCCUUCUUCAUUUCAUCUAAGGUAUUGCUUGGUCUUUCAGGAGUAACGGUUGUUAUGCUGUCUGUCCUUGGAUCAGUUGGAUUUUUCAGUGCUAUUGGUGUAAAAUCGACACUGAUCAUCAUGGAAGUUAUUCCAUUUCUUGUUCUCGCUGUUGGGGUGGAUAACAUGUGCAUACUAGUUCAUGCUGUGAAAAGGCAACAACUGGAGUUGCCUUUGGAAGGACAAAUAAGCAAUGCCCUUGUGGAAGUUGGACCAUCCAUAACAUUAGCUAGUCUAUCUGAGGUUUUAGCAUUUGCUGUUGGAACUUUUAUUCCCAUGCCUGCAUGCCGAGUAUUCUCUAUGUUUGCAGCAUUGGCUGUUCUUUUGGACUUCCUUCUACAAGUUACUGCCUUUGUUGCUCUGAUAGUUCUUGACUUUUUACGAUCAGAGGACAGGAGAGUUGAUUGUUUCCCAUGCAUUAAAGCUUCUUCAUUGCAUGGUGAUACUGAUAAAGGUAUUGAACAGAGAAAACCUGGCAUAUUGGCUCGAUAUAUGAAGGAGGUUCAUGCUCCCAUUCUGAGUAUUUGGGGAGUAAAAAUGGUAGUCAUUGCUAUUUUCUUGGCAUUCACAUUUGCUAGCAUUGCAUUAUGCAUUAGAAUUCAACCUGGUUUGGAGCAGAAGAUUGUUCUACCCCGAGAUUCUUAUCUUCAGGGAUAUUUCAAUAAUGUUUCAGAUUAUCUCAGAAUUGGACCACCGUUGUAUUUUGUUGUAAAGAACUACAAUUACAGCUCAGAAUCAAGGCAUACGAAUCAGUUGUGCUCCAUUAGUCAAUGUGAUUCAGGAUCUCUUUUGAAUGAGAUUGCAAGGGCGUCCCUAAUGCCAGAAUCAAGCUAUAUUGCCAAGCCAGCUGCUUCAUGGCUUGAUGAUUUUCUUGUGUGGAUAUCUCCAGAAGCAUUUGGAUGCUGCAGAAAGUUUACAAAUGGGAGUUAUUGCCCACCUGAUGAUCAGCCUCCUUGCUGUGCUCCUGAUGAAGGUUCUUGUCAGGCGGUUGGAGUAUGCAAAGAUUGCACUACGUGUUUCCAUCACUCAGAACUUCAUAAUGAUCGCCCUUCUACAGAACAAUUUAAGGAGAAACUGCCAUGGUUUCUUAAUGCUCUUCCAUCUGCUGACUGUGCAAAAGGGGGUCAUGGGGCUUACAGCAGCAGUGUUGACUUGAAAGACUAUGAUGGUGGCAUUAUCCAAGCGUCAUCAUUCCGUACAUAUCACACUCCACUCAGCAAACAGGUUGACUACGUUAAUUCCUUAAGAGCUGCUCGUGAGUUCAGUUCAAAAGUUUCUGAGGCUUUAAAGAUUGAGAUCUUCCCAUAUUCAGUGUUUUAUAUGUUUUUUGAGCAAUACCUUGAUAUAUGGAAGACCGCACUAAUCAACCUUGCUAUAGCUAUUGGAGCAGUAUUUGUUGUGUGCUUGGUUAUCACUUGCAGUUUAUGGUGUUCAGCAAUCAUUUUGUUGGUGUUGGCCAUGAUUGUUGUUGAUCUUAUGGGUGUGAUGGCACUUUUGGACAUCCAGUUGAAUGCUGUCUCAGUUGUCAACCUUGUCAUGUCAGUGGGCAUUGCUGUCGAGUUUUGUGUGCAUAUUGCUCACACCUUUGCUGUAACAAGUGGAGACAAAGAAAAACGUGCUAAGGAGGCUCUGGGUACAAUGGGAGCUUCAGUUUUCAGUGGGAUCACUCUGACAAAGCUGGUUGGAGUUAUUGUUCUUUGUUUCUCAAGGACUGAAGUUUUUGUGGUAUAUUACUUUCAAAUGUACCUGGCAUUAGUACUACUCGGUUUCUUGCACGGACUAAUUUUCUUGCCGGUGGUAUUGAGCAUCUUUGGCCCGCCAUCAAGAAGCGUGCAAAUUGAGCAGGGUGAAGAUCGGUCAUCAACCUCGUCAUAACUUGUGGACAUGAGGUUACAAGCGUCUGAUGCACAGGUCGCCCUCGCUAAUUGUAAUAUGCCAAACAGUAAGUGCCCGCAAUGUAUAGAGUGACUUGAGGGAAUAGUAAAACGGUAAGGUACAAGAAGAAGAAAGAAAGAAAGAAAGAAAAGAACACCAAAUUUUGUCCCCCUAGCAUUAGUACUUGAUAUUGUUGAUGAGAGGGAAUCAGAAUUCAUGGUUGUGGGGUAGCAAACAGAGUCAUCUAUAUUACUAUAUACUACAUAAUAUCUAACGAUGGCACCAGGAUUAUCUCGAACUUGAGUAGUGGCUUUAGCUUUUAUUUAACUCAGACGGGGAGGUUGACUCGGUGUUACUUA